AUGAAUGGAGCUGUAGAAGCCGCCAAGAAGAACAUCAGGAAGAUUUUGAGGAAAAUGAUUGACAACCACAGAGGUUGGCAUGAGAUGUUGCCAUAUGCUUUGUUAGGUUACAAAACGACUGUCAGAACGUCAAUCAGAGCUACUUUAUACUCGUUAGUAUAUGGAACAGAAGCAGUUAUACCUGUCGAAGUUGAAAUACCUUCAUUAAGAAUCAUCCAGGAAGCUGAAUUGAGUGAUGUUGAUUUGAGAAUGAUUUGUGCUUUCAACAAAAAGGUACGAGCCAAAAUAUUUGAAAUUGGUCAGUUCGUUCUCAAGCGCAUUUUUUCUCAUCGGGAUGAGUACAAAGGGAAAUUUGCACCAAAUUGGCAAGGACCCUACUUAGUUCGCAAAGUGUUAGCUGGAGAUGCCCAGGUCCUAUUAGAGAUGGAUGGCACCAAAUGGCCAGAACCGAUCAACUUAGACGCUGUCAAAAUAUAUUAUGUGUGA